AGUGUAGCCCAUUUUCGGAUGUGAUGUAAAAUAUGGCGGACAGCAUCGGACUGUAGCGUUUUUUGGAUUAACCUCGUUAUCACUAAACCUUAGAAAAGGUUGAGACCUACUGUAUUAGAGCAGUAAGAUUAGCUAAAAACUGUAGAGAGGAGGUUAAAUGAGAAGCUCAGAAAUAGGCCGCUAACGACAUUACUAACGACUUUCUUCUGGAGAAAGGGUGACACAAACUCGGCGCAACCAUGGGGAGGCGCUCCACCUCUUCCACCAAGAGUGGGAAGUUCAUGAACCCCACAGACCAGGCCAGGAAAGAGGCUCGUAAGAGGGAGCUUAAGAAGAACAAGAAGCAGCGGAUGAUGGUGCGCACGGCAGUGCUCAAGAUGAAGGACCCCCGGCAGAUCAUCCGCGACAUGGAGAAGCUGGACGAGAUGGAGUUCAACCCGGUGCAGGUGCCGCUGCUGAACGAGAAGGUCCUGCGCGACAAGCGCAAGAAGCUGCGGGAGACGUUUGAGCGAAUCGUGCGGCUGUACGAGCGGGAGAACCCCGAAAUGUACAAGGAGCUGCGCAAACUGGAGCUGGACUACGAGAGCAAGCGCGGCCAGCUGGCGCUCUACUUCAACUCCGUCAAGAAUGCUGAGCUGGUGGAAGUGGACAGUAUCCCCCUCCCUGAAAUGCCUCAUGCUCCCUCCAGCAUCCUCAUUCAGGACAUCCCCCUGCCUGGAGCCCAGCCCCCAUCCAUUCUGAAGAAGACCAGCGCGUUUGGGAAGGGCUCCUUUAUUUCGCCUUCCGUGCCCACAGCAGCAGAUGUGGCGGGGGUUCCCCGGUUACCCCCAGGCAAAAAGCCCCCCGGACCCCCCCCAGGACCCCCACCCCCCCAGGUCCUGCAGCUGUACGGGUCCCGCAGAAUCCAGCACUACAGCACAGACACAGGCCUGGCGGACACUGCUGACCUCACUGCGGACAUUGACACCCCAAUGGAGAUGAGAGACAGCGGGAGCGAGAGCGAGGGAGAAGGGGAGGAGGGAGAGGACGAUGACACUGACUCUGAGGACGACAGCGAUGGAGAGAGGGAGGAGGGCGGAGAGGAAGAGAGGAGGAGAGACCGAGCAGAGGAACGAGGGAGAGAGAGGGAGGAAGAGAGGGACAUGCAAUUGGACAAACCCAUCGGAGCAGGGCGCAGUGUGCGCUUUGCUGAUAUGGCGCCCCCUCCGGCCAGAGAGAGGAGGAAGAAGAGGGUGGUGAAGAAGACCAAAGCCAUCACACCGCUGCAGGCCAUGAUGCUGAGGAUGGCAGGCCAGUCUGUGCCGGAAGAGGAGGAGGAGGAAGAAGAGGAGGAGGAGGAAGAGUACACGGACGCCUCGGAUGAGUCGGACUCCGACGACAAGCCGCCUGCCGAGAGCCAGCCUCCCCCCGCAGUGGCCAGCGCCCGCCUGCUUCCUCAGAUUCCGCCAAUGGGAACGCAGCAGCCCGCCGCUCACAUGCAAGCUCCACCAAUCACAGGCCCCCCUCCGUUAGGACCACCUCCAGGUCCUCCAAUGAGGCCGCCGGGCCCACCCUCAGGCCUACCCCCUGGACCCCCUCCUGGAGCCCCGCCAUUCCUGAGGCCCAUGGGUAUCCCGGCAGGCCUGCGGGGGCCCCUGCCCCGCCUGCUUCCCCCCGGACCCCCCCCAGGGCGCCCCCCUGGCCCACCGCCCGGCCCUCCCCCCGGCCUACCUCCCGGGCCCCCGCCCAGGGGCCCCCCACCACGCCUACCCCCUCCAGCUCCCCCAGGCAUCCCACCCCCACCCCCCCGUGCCGGCCCCCCACGGCCCCUGGCCCCGCCUCUCUCCAUCUUCCCCCCACCGCUGAACCCCAACGUGCUGAGUGCGCCCCCCAGCAUCGUCCCCCGCCAGAAACCGGUGGGCCCCUCGGAAGGCCUGCAGAACCCCCCCGGCACCUCUACCAUUCUGGCUCCGCCCUCCCUCCCCCUCCCCAUGCGUCCCCCCCCGCCUCCGGGGACCGGCCCCGCCGCCAACCCCCCCGCCCUCCACCACGCCCCCACCAUCGAGAAACGCGCCAACAUCACCUCCGUCGCCGGGGGCAACCCCGCGGCCGGCCCGGCCACAGGCGGGGCCACCAUCUCGGCCAAGCCCCAGAUCAUAAACCCCAAAACCGAGGUGACCCGCUUCGUCCCCACCGCCCUGAGGGUGCGCCGCGAGCGGGGGGGGGGCGCCGGGGCCGAGAGGGGGGGCCGAAGGGGGGGGGAUGAAGGGCCGGGGCAGAAGCAGCAGGCCCUGGGCGUGUCCAUCUCCGCGGCUAACCCCGCCCACGUGGGCGUGGCCUCCACGCCGCAGCCCAGCAUGAAGACCAAGGACCAGAUGUACGAGGCCUUCAUGCGCGAGAUGGAGGGCCUGCUUUGAGAGCAGGGGCGGAGCCACGCUGGAGAAACAUUCAUUAAGCAGGGCUGGGUGGGGAAAAGCAGGAAGUGAGGGGUGGGAGAAACAGGAAGUGGGGGGAGGGGGGAGAUAUGGCUUUGGGAGAGGGAUUUUUGUGCAAGUGAUCUGUCCACACACUUUUAGGGAUGUAUAGAGGAAGAACGAUAUUCAGUUAAUGAGAUAUGCUAAGCCCUGAAAUAACAGGGGACUUUCACACCCAAAAUUAAAAUGAUAGCAAAGUUAUGAGGAUAGACCCAGAAAGAGCUGUAGUAUUUCCCCCUGCUGGGACAAGCUUUUUAUUACAGGUGUAGCUGUCAAGCCUGCUUAUUCCUGAAGAGUGUGAUACAGUGCACAUUUGUUUGUCCUCUUAUUUAAUCGCUGAAGUGAGAAAAAUGGGGAGAGGAGUUUUCUUUCGUGUUUUUUUAAGAGAAUAAGAUUGGAAAGGAAAUCUGUGAAAACAGUGUUUGUUUGUGUAAAAAAGUUUUGAUCCUUCAAAUAAAUCAUUUGAAACCA